UUCAACAGGCUGGCAAGUAGGCAAGGAGCGACAGAAAACUAAGGAAUUGUUCUGCGUUUGGAUUGGAACAUUUAACAGUCAAACUGUUUUACAACUUGGCUUCGAUUUUAUGUUUUCAUUACAAUCUCGGAUUUUUAUAUGUAAUUUUUAUUUAGAUGUUAUAAAUAUCGUUUUCCAUUAGUUUGCUGCUUUUCAUGUGAUUUCUUGCUCAUAUAACUACUAGUAUUAUGGCCGAAGUAGCCCAGGAACAUUUAGUAGAAAUCGACCCGGAUUUUGAACCACUCUCACGGCCCCGCUCAUGCACUUGGCCCCUGCCUCGACCGGAGUUCAUAAAUCCAGGAGACUCAAACACAUCUUCGCCAGCCACGUCAGUGAAACAGGAACCCACCAGCAGUUCCGACUUUAUUAGCAGUCUCAGUUUGUUGGAGGAGACUGAAGAUUUUCCUGAGCAAAAGCAUAACAACUUGUGCAAUGAUUUCAAGUGUCAGGAUAACUGUAUCCACGACCAGCCCAGUCAACAUCAGCAACAGCUCCCAAACCCUCAGCUCUCGCAUCAGCAACAGGUGCCUCUCCUGUCCUCUCCAGUCGGCUCAACAUCCUCAGUUGCGGCGACUGCUGCUGCCGCUGCCCAACGUAAAAGUAGCUCAUCUCGUCGUAAUGCGUGGGGAAAUAUGUCGUAUGCUGAUCUCAUAACUAAAGCUAUUGAGAGUUCCCCAGAGAAGCGCCUCACAUUGUCCCAGAUUUACGACUGGAUGGUGAAGAGCGUUCCUUAUUUCAAGGACAAGGGAGACAGCAAUAGUUCUGCUGGUUGGAAGAACUCCAUCAGACACAACCUGUCCCUGCACAGUCGUUUUGUGCGUGUGCAGAAUGAAGGCACGGGUAAGAGCUCCUGGUGGAUGCUCAACCCAGAUGGAGGAAAGAGCGGCAAGUCUCCCAGACGCAGAGCUGCCUCCAUGGACAACAACAGCAAGUUUGCCAAGAGUAGAGGGAGGGCUGCAAAGAAAAAGGUUUUGCUCCAGGGGGGGCUUGAUGGUGGAGGAGACAGCCCCAGUCCCUCCUACUCCAAAUGGCCCGGUAGCCCCAACUCGCACAGCAAUGAUGACUUUGAUGCCUGGAACGGCUUCAGGCCUCGCACCAGCUCGAAUGCCAGCACGCUGAGUGGACGCCUCUCACCUUUCAUGCCCGAGCAAGAUGACCUUGGUGAUGGGGAGAUGCACAUGGUGUACCCAGGAUCCUCUGGAGCCAAGAUGACAGCCACCCUGCCCAGCCUGUCAGAGAUGACAAGCUCGCUAGUUCACCACAGCUCCGAGAAUGUCAUGGAGAACCUUCUGGAUAACCUCAACCUGCUCUCCCCCAAGAACUCUCAAGCGGGCAGUGGUGGCACGGUCCAGGUUUCCUCCCAAUCCUCCCCCUCCACCAUGAUGCAGAGUAGCCCUGGCUAUCCCCCCUUCAGCUCCUCCACCAUGGGUCCCCAGCCCCAGCAGGACUAUCACAAGUGCAUGUAUGGCCAGGCAGGGAUGACGAGCCUGUCCCCCAUCCCCAUGCAGUCUUUGCCUGAGAGCAAGCCCAGUUAUGGCCCCUCUUUGGGCCCUUACAGCUGCCCUGCUGGCCUGCUGAAAGAGCUGCUCACCUCUGAUGCAGACCCCCGUGGGGACCUCCUGCCCACAGUGGAGACAGUGGUCUCCCAACCCAAUGGGGGCCGCAUGCUGCCCCCCUACAGCACAGGGCAGCAUGGAGCCAAGUUGAUGGGAGGGCGUAAUCCUCACCCACAUGGUCUUCACCACCCCCACACUCACACAGGACACACCCAAGCCCCUCCCACUUCAGUGGCCAUGAACGGACGCGCACUCAUGUCCUUGUCCAGCAUGAGUCACAGCGGGGGCUCGGUUUGCCUGCCCAUGGGGAAGAGCCCCAUGCAGAUGCCCUACGGCCUGUCUGCCCACCUAGGGAGUGGGGGGAUGCCUGGGUACUGCCCACUCAACCCCACUGGCUACGGGCGACCCAGCAUGCCCAUGAUGCCCCACCCAGAGAAGUUGCCUAGCGACUUGGAUGACAUGUCCAUUGAGAGGUUUGAGUGUGAUAUGGAGUCCAUCCUCCAUGACACUCUGAUGGACGGGGACUCACUUGACUUUAACUUUGAGCCCAUAGCCUCCCAGCAGGGGUUUCCCCAUGGGGUAAAGACCACCACACACAGCUGGGUGUCAGGCUAGAGGAGUCGACCAGGACAGAGCAAUGACAAACCCAGGACAUUCUCACACAUAUUGAUAUCUUGACCUCAAAGCUCACUGAAACUGUCUUAUGAAUUGUGUGUGGUACAGGACACAAUUGCUAUGCAUCUCAGAAUGGCAAAUUUCCAAAUCCCAAAAAGCUACCCUUGUUCAUCCUUAAGUGCCCUGCUCAAUCAUCUACACUAUAGACAUAUAGAUGUCAUAGAGACUUUUUCCACCAUCAUUCUGUUUUCUGCAGAUGAUGACCCCAGAUUUCAAAGCAACAUCAGCUAUUUCUCAGAAAUACAAUCCAAGUGCCAAACACCUUUGUCUUCAUUUCUGCGUCACAUUUAAUUGCAUAUAUUUAAAUCCAUCUUUUCAGUUAAAGAAAAAUGGGGUCAACUUUUUUAGUAACACCUUGUAGUAAGUGUUCAUUUGCUACCAUGUAACUAUGUAGCAAGACGUAUUGUAACAACAUGUAGUUCUAUAGGAACCAGUAUAUAAAAGUAGUUACACUUUAUUACGUUUAAGUGAUACAAGUUAUUUGGAAGGGAAAACUGGUAUGGGGGAGGCUCUCAGGGGUACGUUAGUAGUAAUAGUAAUGUUAAUAUGAUUUGAUCUUCAUCUGCCCCUUUGCAAUAUUCACAUACACUCCUCUACCAAAAUACCUUUUGCUAUAACCAGUACAGCCCUUAACCCUUGAUACCAUGUAAUUACAUUCCAAUUCCUAUGUAUCUGCAAUUAUGUUACUAUAAGUAUUGCUGUUUAGGUACACGAUAGUUGAUGUACACUUCAUGUUACUGCUCUGUUUAUUUCUGAUAGUGCCAGCUUUGUACCAGCCACAACAACCUAACAUUAAAAUAAAUAGCCGUAUAUGACUUAAAUUAAAUUGUGUUCCUGCUCUCUGUAAACACAGAGUUGUGAUGUAUAGAGGUAUAGAGGAGAUGUAUAGAGGUAAUGUGACAUUGAAAGAAAAACAGCAAACAACAGCUAUUUUAUAUUUCAUAAUUUUGAACCAGAUUAAGCACACAAAUGCACUGUUGAUUGCAAAGCUUAAGUCUUUUCCCAGGCUUUUGACUAUGCAUCCAUAGUAGUCAAAACAUAACUGGAAAUACAUUGCCGUGUGCUGCCCCUUUACAACAUCCACUUAUCCCUUACACCCCUACCCCAUACUGUGCCUUCUUGCACUUUUGUAAUAACGUACACCGCUAACGCUAAAUACCAUUUAAUUACAUAGCAAUUCCUACGUACUUACAAUGUUUUUACAAUAGGUAUUGCAAUGUAGUUGACGGAUUGUAAAGUGUUUUUCCUAUCCUGUACCCUCAAUCAUUGUACAAUAUGUCAUGUUUAUAAGAUAUGAAUGUAUAUUUGAAUGUAUAAUAUAUUCAGUUUUAUUUUGUACAGUGUUUACAGAAUGACAAUACAAAGCUCAUAAGCAAAUGUGCUAUACAUUACAAAGAAAUCCGUAUCAGAUAGUUUCAUACGGAACAGGGUGCAAUGGUACUCAACUCAACCUUAGGGUGCUUCUCAUCAUGCUGUAAACAAAGCUCACCAGUGUCUUGUAAAAACAGAAAACAUAUUAAGUAUAUAAUUGAAACCACAUGAAAAUGCGUUACUAAAUAUUGUGUAUUUUGAUUUAUUUUUAAUGCAAUUAAAUUUUAAUUAUGAUUAUGAACCAUGAUUGUAAAUUGUAAAUCAUACAAUGUAUGGACAUGUCAGGAUGAUUCUCUGCUAAGUUUGUCUCAGAACCCUUGAAGUGACUACUCCAGGGUUCUUCACUGUGCCUAAGUAGUAGUUCAUAACUAUGCUCAUGAAGUUCAUUUAAACAUUUUCUGCUUAGGGUUUUAUAGAAAAACUAUAUUUACUCUUCAGAUGCUAGUCCCCUGACCCUGGUAGAUAACCAUAACUGAUCAAUCACGUAGAGAUGGUUUAUCCAGAUCCCCUGGUACCAGACCAUUCCCUGGUUCCAAGGCAGUGGAGAUCUUGGUGGGUUUACAGUAUGUGGCUUGACGCUUUAAUGUUGAGUAGUAUAGUCUGUCCUAUACUAGGUCUAAACUCAAAUAGCGCUGUGACUAAUCAGGGCUGCGUUUCCAGAAAGCGUCGUAAGCCUAAAUUGAUAAUAGAAUGUAUCGUGCAACGAAUCUUAGUUUUACGGGCCGUUUGCCAAAGACAUCGUAGCUAAAGUGUCUCUUGAAAAUUCGUAGCUCUUGAAAGCGCAUAGAUUAGUCUACUCCUUACGAGCAUGUUUGGGAAACAUACGUAAGAAAUAUCAAUGGUUUCGUUUUUUGCUCUAUCGUUGCUACGAUCCAUCGUUAUCUGGAAACGCAGCCCAGACUGUGUCCUCUUCAGCCAAGAUUAUAAAUGUAUCCUUGAUUUGUUUUCAUAGAUUGACCCCUUCUCAUUUUAUGAUAAAUGUCAAAUGGACAAGCUGGUCAUAUAUGUCCGCAACGUUUAGCCAAGCUUUCACUCCCGUUCCUGAUUUGGUCUCACUAUUGUUGAUUGGUGAGUAGGAGAUGACAUUUGAUCUGUUAUCUAUGGGAGAUGAUGACAUUAACGUCCCUCUCUGAAAGACUUAACCCAGUGGGACAAAUCUCAGCCUUCAAUACUUGAUGAGAACCAUGGUGUUCUAUAUCGUAUAGCUUGUACAUUUGCAUUGUAUGUUUUACCUUGGUAUUUGUAUGUAAAACACUGUUAUUAUCGAACAGCAUGGAUUUAAUUGUCAAAUCAUAUCUGGGACCUCAUUCAUAAUUAUGCAUUGCUCAUCAUUGUUCAUAGAUAUGGUUUGUAUUCUGGGCUGCUGCUCAUGAACUUGGUUGGCUUCAAGAUUUGAAGAUCAUUGAUUUUAGACUGUUGUCUGGUUGAAAUGUCUGAGUAAUAGCAUGUAUAUUGAAUUUAAUAUCCCACUUUAACAUCUUUAUGUUCACUGUAUGAUUUUCAACUAAAACCACAUAGAUGUUAAUAAUAAUAUUGAAAAAAGCUAUUAUUUAAAUUUUUAUGAGGCUCCGUUCAAAGGCCUUUCCAACAGCUGCCGUGAGGCUUUGUAACCAGAUUGCAUUGUAUGUUGUCCAAAAUUAUAUAUUGCGCCAGUCAAGAUAUCCUUAAACCAUAGGCAUAGAAAACUGUAAUCAGUUCAAAGAAUUGUAAAUGAUUGCUUUGCAAAUUAUUCUACUGUAUCUAUGCAUUGUUCCCCUUGAGUAUAUGUUGGUAUUGUUAUAUUUCUAUUGACUUUGAACUGAUGACCGAGAGUUUUAUUGUAUCAUAGCUGUGAUAAAUUAAGUCUGGUCAGAAGUCUGUUUCAGAUAGCUAUACUGUAUGAUAAAACAUGAAGUAUAUCGUGAAUAGUUGAUAGAAUGAUUGACAUGCAAAGCUUUUUAUAAACUGACAUGUCAUUCUUGUAUUUAGCAGAAGUUUGUAGGAAAAUAUAAAAUAUUGAAGAAAAAAAGUAUAAACCUGCUGAUUAAAAUGCAUUUUGGACCAAUAUAGAAUAAUAUUGCACUUUUACUUUAACUUUUUAUAACUACAGCUCCUUCUGAAAGUAAGCUUUUCAAAGUCAAACAAACUUUACAUUGUUGUUUACAAACAUUCCAUUGCUUAACAUAUGUACAUGUAUACAUUUAAAUUGUGGUAUGUGAUUUGCAGUCAAUACAAAUAUACAAAUUGUUCAUCUGUAAUGUAUUAAAUCAUAAUUA